GUGAAGAGCUUGGUGGUGCGCCUGUGGGACGGGGAUGUGGCUGUAGGCAGGGCUGGUGCGAGGGUUGUUAGGUGUGCUGUUUCGGGGAUUGCGCGUCUGGUGCCUUGAAUGUGCUUCCCCGAGAACGAGGUGGAAGCAUCUUGCUUGUUGCUUCUGGAGAGAGCCGAUAAAAUGUAGUUGGCUGGUCAACUUUAAGCUUACUAUUUUUCUGGUACUUCACUUGAAUUGCUUUUUGUAAUCAGUGGCCAGAUGUCAGGCUCUCAUUGUGACUGUGCAGCUUGUAAGGUGGGGCUUUCCGAACCUGUUUUUCUUAAUGUCCCUUAACAUCGCUACCAACGUGUGCUCUUUCUUUGUAAGCUCAUUGCUUUCAGUUCUGUCUAUGUGAAGCCCUGGGUCUCUUUCCUUAACAGCUUGAUGUUGAACUCUUGGCUAUGCAUAUCUCUCAUUGUUCUUCCUGUUGUCCUUUCACUUAUUUAUUGAAACUUUUGUUGGCAGUCUGAUUAGACUUAAUUUACUGAGGUCAUGUUGUUAGCAGAUGGUAUUAGAUCAGUGUUGUUAUUCAGUAUUCCUUCAUUGUUAUUCCUGGUAAACAGCUGUUUUCUAGGAAGACCAAACUUGAUGAAAACUAGCCAUUUGUGGAGUUGGGUUUUUUUGCCUCCAUAGUUCUUUGUAAGCUAUGUCAAACUAGUUCUUAAUUGUUCAGUUCUCUUGAGAGCUGCUUAGACAAAAAUUUCUUCCUUAUCUUGUUAAUUAGUACAGAUAACACUAAUAUAGUACACUGAUAGGACAUUGGAGAAUCUGCUGGUUUUAUUUUUCACUGAAUCUGAAAUAACAAUGUGGAGUUAUUAUGGCUUAAGUCAGCUGUGCUGUUUAAAAUUUAUGUUCUUGUUUUGUGGUAGCAACUCUGGUUUUAUAUGUUGUUCAGCCCGGUGACUUGUAGUUUCAUCAGUUUACUUUAACAGUUUUCUAUCUUCCUUGUAUUUCCCAGUGAAAAUGAAUGUAAAUGAUAGGUACGAAUAUUUCUGGAGUCAGCAAAUAUAUCUUUGUGUGAAGUCAGUCUUUUACCUUAGGAACACAUGCUGUACAAGUAUACAAAAAUGUGUGUGCUCAAGGAACUGAAUUUUGUGAAGGAAAUACACAUAAAGGAACCCGUAGAAAAGGAGAUGAGUCCUCACCUAUUACCAGGUGAACUGCUGCUUUGUGAGGCAAACACAGUAUACAAGUAUAUACAAGAAGAUGGGUCAAAUCGUGGCACCUAUGGGAAACUUGUAUGCACAAACUUCAAGAUUGCUUUCCUUGAUGACUCCACUUCAGAUGAUAAUGAGCCACAAUUUAAGAAUAAGAUCGUAGGAGAAAAUGACAUAACCCUGCAAUGUGUAGAUCAAAUCUAUGGAGUUUAUGAUGAGAAAAAGAAACUUCUAACUGGACAACUGAGAAAAUACCCAGAGAAGCUAAUUAUCUACUGUAAGGACCUUAGAGUAUUUCAUUUCUGCCUGAGAUACACAAAAGAAGAGGAAGUGAAAAGAAUCGUCAGUGGUAUAGUUCAUCAUAGCCAGACUCCUAAGCUGCUUAAACGCUUGUUUCUGUUCUCUUAUGCAUCAGCUGCCCCAAAUAACACAGAUGGCAGAAACCAAACUGUGAUGUUUGAUACUCUUGAGGACUGGCGUGAUGAGUUGGAGCGGACCAAAGGAAAUGUGAAAUACAAAGCAGUGACUACCAAUGAACGCUACAGAGUCUCUGAAAAGCUGCCUUUGUAUUUUGUUGUUCCCAUAUGUGUUUCUGAAGAGAGUAUCUUGAAGUAUGAAGGCAGAGGCAUUCCUAUUUGGUGUUGGUCUUGCCAUAAUGGUGCUGCUCUUCUCAAAAUGUCUGCAUUUCCCAAAGAACAGGAUGACAGCACUUCACAAACACAAAAAGCCUUCUUGGAUGGAAUCUAUAAGACAAUUAGCAAACCUCCCUACGAACUCCUGAAGACUGAUGACUUGUCAAGCAGCCUUCCAUCUCUGCAAGAUAUCCAGACUGCAUACACAAAAUUUAAACAGCUGUUUUUGAUAGAUAACAGUACAGACUUCUGGGCAACUGAUGUGAAAUGGUUUUCAUUACUGGAGAACACAAACUGGCUAGAGAUAAUCAGGCGAGUCUUGAAGAAAGCAAUAGAAGUUGCUGAGUGUCUGGAAAGACAGCAUACAAACGUUCUCCUUAUAGAAGAGAGUGCUACUGAUCUCUGCUGUGUAAUCUCUAGUCUGGUUCAAGUGAUGAUGGAUUCAUACAGCAGAACAAAGUCAGGGUUUCAGAGCCUUAUUCAGAAGGAGUGGGUAAUUGGAGGACAUGGCUUUUUGGAUCGUUGUAACCACUUACAUAAAAGUGACAAAGAGGAGGCUCCUGUUUUUCUGCUCCUGCUAAAUUGUGUUUGGCAGUUAGUACAACAGUAUCCUCCAGCAUUUGAGUUCACAGAAACUUACUUAACUGUCUUGUCAGACAGCCUCUAUGUGCCUAUUUUUAGCACUUUCUUCUUCAACUCACAACAUCAAAAAGACACUAAUUCGAGCGGUGAAAGCCUCAAGACACAAAGCGGUCCUUUCAGAUUUCUCACUGUGUGGGACUGGUCUGUGCAGUUUGACCCUGAGGCCCAGGCUUUCCUGAACAACCCUUUUUAUGCAGAGAAGCCAAAACCAGAUAAAAGUCAACGGAAAACUGCACGAUUCAAACAUCAACGGCAACUUUCUUUGCCAUUGACACAAACAAAAUCUCCCACGAAGAGAGGAUUUUUCAGGGAGGAAACAGAUCAUUUAAUUAAAAACAUCCUGGGUAAAAGAAUUGGCAAGUUCAUGAAUUCUUCAGAUGAACCUCCUAAUACCUUCAGGGAAUUUUAUGAUGGCUGGCAUAGUAAACCUGUUGACUAUCACGGUCUUCUGUUACCUCGCAUUGAUGGCCCUGAAAUCAAAGUCUGGGCACAACGGUAUUUACGAUGGAUUCCUGAAGCCCAGCUUCAUGGUGGUGGUACAAUAGCUACAGCUGCCAAGAUUUUGGACUUGAUGGAGGAAGUGCAAAGCCUGCAGGUGAAAAUGGAUGAACAGCAUAGUCAAGCUGUUUCUGGAGAUGUACAUUCUGUUCCAAUGCUGAUAAAUUCUCCCCGUUUGUCAUCCUUAUUUCCAUUUGCUUUACUUCAGAGACAGUCUGUCAAACCAGCCUUACCCACUAGCACCUGGAAAGACUUGGAAGAUGAAGAUGACUUGGUCAAGAGGGAUGACGAAUUUGUUGAUCUAAGUGGUGAUGUCAUAAAGUGUAUAUAAAUUAACGUAUGAAUUGUAUGUGGUGAAGCUCUGAAUUUUAAAUGUUGUGCUGCAUCCUCAUAUAAGGAACUCACUCAAGCAUCUGCAGCCUGUUUAAUGGGUUUGUGGGGUUAAAAAAAACCCACCUUGAUUGGAAAGAACUAGUUGCCAUAAUUAACAGCAUAUUUUGAACUUCAGUUUCACUCUAACAGUAUUUAUUGCAGAAACACAUUUUUAGUAUAGGUGUAAUAAGAACAGAAGUCUAAGCUGGAGUAGCCAUAUGGCCACUUUCUUUAAAAAAGAAAAAAAACACCAAACAACAAAACCCCAGUAUUUUCUGAUGUAAAGGUGGAAUACUAAAUACACACAGCAACAAUUACUAUCACAUAAAACCUCUUCCCCUUAUGUUAAGAGUACUAAAGUAAGGUGACUAGGAGUUAAAUAGAUGUGCAUUUCCCACCCAUUUAAUAUAAACAGGGAAAAGUGCAACUAAAUGUGCAUUCACAAAUAAGCUUUUUACAGCUGAGGAGUAAAGUUGUGGUCACCAGGGGUUUUCUGUCUACUGUGGCAUCAACUGAAGUCAUGUGCUUAUCAACCUCAUCUUUUCUGACAGUGUUCAUCUUUGGCUUGCAGCACUUCACCUUGUGUGGUGUUAAAAUAGCAGCUUGACUGCUCUAAGCCUGUGCAUGCACUUAACUUAAGGAUCAGAUGCAAGAGCUUAACUACACAUUUCAAGUCUUAUUGUGUGGCUGCUGUGCUAUAUGCCCUUGCUGCCUUGGGAUAUUAAGUCCCAUAUGUUUGCUGUUAAUUGUAAGAAAUGGCCUGACUGAGAUUCUAAUUUGCCAUGAGUAUUUUUUUGCUCCUUUUAACAGAGUGAGACUUUCAUUUUGAUGUUCCCAUUUAUGCCAGUUGCCUUUGAGGCUUUCCAUAGCUUGCACUGAGACCUUCCACAUAGAAGGGAAAACUCUUUCUGUAAUCGUGCAGUGAAGCUGGACUUGCAGUCUGUUGCCACUUGUCAUGAGUUGGUGGUACAGCUUAUGAAUGUGGUGUUCAUACCAUAUGAGCACUUGCAUCCUGUUGCUGGAUGUUAUAACAGUACCUCAGUGAAAAAAGCCAUAAAGAAAUGCCUGUUGACUUUGAUCUACUGUGUGUAUGUUUAUAUAUAAAGUAUUUUUACUGCAAAUAGUCAUUCUUUGUAAAGCUGAAUAUUAUUUGAUUAUCAAAUCUAUUUUGAACCCUUAAAUUCUAGAAUAGCUCAAGAAUGGAUACAAGUUAUAAAAUCAGUUACACUGAGAGGGUAGACAUUGAAUACUUUCUCUUUUUUCAUACCAAUUUAGAAAUCCAUGCUGGAAAACUUAACUUGUGGAGAAACUGUUACUUAAAUUACAUCAGGUUGGUGUAAUCGGGGAUAUUAAGCUGGGUUACUGAUUAAUCACUUCACACUGAGUUGUAUUAAUAUGUAUAGCAAAAAACUAUCAGCAGCCCUCUAAAAAUAAGUGUUACUGUGUUAAAAUACAUGUAUUAAUGGGGAAAGGGGGACAGCUUAAUGCAACUAUGCUAACCUGAAGCUUCCCAACUCUCGAUUGCCUUAAGUCUUAGUAGUGCGAGGACAAUACUUGAGUUUGUAGCGUUUUAUUUAAAAAUACAAUAGUACGUACACUUUCUUAUGUGAUGCAUAUGAUCUUACAACUAGCACUUGCUAGAAUGGGCUGUCCAGCACAUGUUGUUCAGACUCUAUUAUUGUAGUUCAAGUGGCUCAUGUAUGCAAUAAUACUUUGCAUGUUGAAUGAGCAAUGCAUUUUUAUGGCAAAGAAAUACCUAUCAUUCUAAGGUCAUUUGGGUUCAAGGGUUUUUUAAACACUGCCAUAGAAAAAAAUAUUAAAUGGAUUUUUCUAUGCUUUUGAUCAAACUGUUAUAAUGUUUCAGUUGUGAAGAUUACAUAUUUAUAUUAAAGAACAGAUGUUGGACAUCUUAUUUGUACAUAAGUUAGAAGUUUAUAUGGAAGAGAAACAUAUGUGGAAAUGAACAUGAGAACACUUCUAAUGUAGAGUAAAUACCAUUGUUACUGGUUUUCUGCACUGUGGGAUUGGAAAUGUACUUAAUAUUUUUACUCCAGGCUUCUGUUUAUACCUCCAAGUUCUUACACUGAAUGCAAGCUAGAAGCUUUACAGUUUGGUUUUUUUAUACUGUUAACUCUGUGUAGUGGGCUGUUUGGAGAGUGUCAAUAAAAUAUACUUUAAUGUAUUUGUCCUGAAAUGAGAAUGUAUGUUUAGGGUCAUAUUUUGCAAACGAUGUUUUAAAUCAUAGCACGCUUUUGACAAUCUGCAGUGGCAAAGCUUUUUGAGUUAUAUGCUGGGUUUUUAUAGACUGUUAGAGGGAGGAAGCUGUGUAGUUUUGACCUGGUUGUACUUACUGGAGGGGUGCUGUCAGCUUAAGGAAGAGGAAAGUUCAAUGCAGUGUAAUAGGAUGACAAUGGAAGGUUACUAAAAUGGUGUAGAAAGUGUCUGCUGAAUUGUCAGUAUUUGGGGGUUUAUUAAAAACACUGUUUAUUUUGGUCUUAGCAAUGUACUUCCCCCAUUUCAAGGGGGAACAUUGUUCUUACAAUGUUAAACUAUGCAACUUCUUGAAAUUGCUAUAGUGGGGUAUCUCUCAGACCGAAUGUGUAUUGAGCAUGGAUUGUGAGAUGGUCAGUGAUAUGCAGAGUACAAAUGAAAAACUUCAGAUUUUUUCCAGAGAUUACAAAUUACUAACUUCUGUACAAAAACAGCACUAGUGCAAAUCACAAAUUACGAAUCAUGCCCCUGAGACUGUUCAAAGCCUGUGACGCUUGUUCUUGAAGUCUUAUACAAUAAUAGCUCGUGCAGCAGCUGCGAAGUGCUGGGUCAUGUUGUAACAAGGUGUGCGUCCGCCUCACCCACAUCUAAAGAUCAGUGCAUGUACUUUGACCACUUGGCUUUGAUUUAAGACUGUGUUCACUAGUGAAAAUGUUCAGCUAUUGAUGUACACCAUAUUGGAAUGCAAACAUGUACUCUAUAAAGAUAAUUACAGCC